ACAAGUUAACCCAAGAAUAUCAAUCAGUCACUUCACUGCCUGAGGGAAUUCAGUUCUAAAAUGCCUUCUCAUAAUGCAUUUACAAUUGCUCUUCUUCUCUCCCUUAACUUUGUAUUUUUCACAGCAGUGAGUUCAAAUCAUCAUGUACCUAAUUGUCCACCAACACCACCAAAAUCCCCAAAACACCCUCCCCCCUCAAACCCAACCCCAAAACACCCUCCUCCCUCAACCCCUACCCCAACCCCAAAACCGAAACACCCUCCCCCCUCAACCCCAACUCCAACCCCAAAACAACCUUCUCCCUCAACCCCAACCCCAAAACAACCUCCCCCAACUCCAACCCCAACCCCAAAACAACCUCCUCCAACCCCAAUCCCAACCCCAAAACAACCUCCUCCCUCAACCCCAACCCCAAAAUACCCUCCCCAAACCCCAACCCCAACCCCAAGCCCCAGCCCUCCUAAAGCCUCUUGCCCUAAAGAUACCCUUAAGCUAGGGGUAUGUGGCAAUUUGUUGAAUGACUUGGUGCACCUUGUUGUGGGGACCCAAUCAAAGACCCCUUGUUGUAGCCUCAUUGCAGGUCUUUCUGAUGUUGAUGCUGCUGUGUGUCUUUGCACUGCCAUUAAGGCCAACGUUUUGGGCAUCAAUCUUAAUGUGCCAGUCUCCUUAAGCUUGCUUUUGAAUUACUGUGGUAAAUCUGUCCCAACAGACUUCCAAUGCGCCUAGUGGUGCCAUGAUCUUCUCACCUACUGCUGCCCUUUCAACAGCUUUGUUUCAAUAAAAGACAGGUCAUUAAUGUUUGGCUGUAAUACAUUAGGCAUGUUUCCUUCGAAAUGUAACUGAUAUGGACAAUGUUCUCUCCAAGCAAUGCUCAUAUGCUUCCCUUUGAAUUGAAAACUUUGCUACUUCUUAUCUUUUCAGUCUUUGAGCAUUGGUGGUUUUUGCUCUUGAUUUUAGACAAUUAAAGUUAAAUGCGACUAUCAUGAUUAUUA